UCUACCCAAAGUUAGAGAGAGAGAGAGAGAGAGAGAGAGAGAAUGGGGAGGAGGUCAUGCUGUGCAAAAGAAGGCUUGAACAGAGGAGCAUGGACGGCACAAGAGGACAACACCCUAAGAGAGUACAUCAGAACUCAUGGUGAAGGCAAAUGGAGCACUCUCCCUAAGAAAUCCGGUCUCAAGAGAUGUGGAAAGAGUUGCCGACUCAGGUGGAAGAACUAUCUGAAACCAGACAUCAAGAGAGGCAACAUCUCUCCCGAUGAAGAGGAACUCAUCGUUCGUCUUCACAAUCUACUCGGAAACAGGUUUUUCUUGUGGUCGUUGAUAGCUGGGAGGUUGCCAGGGCGAACAGACAAUGAGAUCAAGAACCAUUGGAACUCAAGUCUCCGCAAAAGGCUUCAGCAUGGCCAAGAGAAAACACGUGUUCCAUGUCAGAACAGAUCGAAACACAGGAAACAGAUGACUGUUUUGUCUGAUCAGGCCGACGAUCUUGUCACAGAACCGCCAUUAAGCUCUCGAAACAUCAUCAAUGGCGACAACAAUGCCGGCGUUAUACGCACAAAGGCCGUUAAAUGCACUAAAACCCUAGUUCUUCCUGACCUCCCUCCACUUCAUCAUCAGAGUGAUACCACUUCUCCCUUGCCAAACCCAGAACAAGAACAAGAACGAGAACGAGAACGAGAACAAGAACAAGAACGAGAACAAGAACGAGAACAAGACCAAGAACGAGGACACGAACAAGAACAAGAACGAAGCAGAGAGUUUGGUGAAGUAGCGAAGAACGUGGCGAUGGAUGAAGGGUCGGCGUUAUUGAGAGAUCUAAUGAGCGAUUUCGACAGAUUCGAAUCAGAGUUCAUCUUCUCCGAGUUCAUGGAUUUCGAUGUUUUGGAGGGUGGAAACCUCAAAUCUCUUGUUUCGUCUGAGGAGAUGUUGCAAGAUUGGGGCCAUGAUGAAUCUGUUCAGGUGAAUCUGGAUCUGAAUCGUCCUUUUACUUCGAAUCUUGAUCGCGAUGAUGAUGGCGAAGAUUGGUUCGGACACAAAGUGAAGUGAAUACGUACAUAUACGCAUGUAUACGUACGUACGUAUCACCGUACAAGUCCAUGCAUAUUUAUAGUAUGCGUGUGUGUGUCAGUGUGUAUUUAACGUAAUAAGUUCGUAUUUGUAAAAUGGACGUCUCAAUAGUUUAGAGUCUUUGUAAGAUUUUUGUUGAAUUUGAAUAAUUUAAUUA